GUUCCCAUCACCCCAUUGCAAGCCGUAAUCGUAUUGUGAAAUCUACACCCUUGCGCUUAAUGCCACUUGGUGGUUCGAUUACGUAUGGCGUUGGUUCUUCUGACAAGAAUGGUUACCGGAAAUUCCUUUACGACAUGCUCACUUCGGACGGUCAUAUUGUGGAAAUGGUAGGGUCGCGAAAAUCUGGGGCAAUGCCUAACAACCGGAACGAAGGAUGGCGAGGAUUCACGAUUGACCAGAUUGAGCGAAAAGCACGUGUAUCUAUCCCCUUGCUAAUGCCUAAUCUCGUUGCCAUCAACGCUGGUUCAAACGAUUGUCUGCAGAAUCUUGAAAUUGGACAAAUCGGAAGUCGCAUCAACGGAUUAUUGGAGUACAUUUGGAGCACUUGCCCAGGCUCUACCAUCAUCUUGUCUACACUGCUCUCGAACUCGGAUACCUUAACAGAGCGGCGAAUAUUGCGGGCAAAUGAGCAAUUCCGAGAGUUGGCUUUCCAAAAAUACAAACAACACAAGAAAAUAAUUCUCGUAGAUAUGCAUGGCGCAGAUGGGCCCAAUGCCGAUGAGCUGGUUGACGGAACACAUCCAAAUGAUUUAGCAUAUCAAAAAAUGGCUACCAUAUGGCAGAGAGGCUUUCGGGAGGCUGUCUCGAAGGGAUUUCUGCAAGCAUCUGUUCCGAGCAAUAUUCGAACUUAA